GUGGUGCAUGCGGCUAUGGUGAUCUGGUGGGUAAGCCUCCCUUCUCUUCAAUGGUGACUGCAGGAAACCCUAACCUGUUUUUAUCCGGCAAAGGAUGUGGUGCUUGUUAUCAGGUUAAAUGCACGAAGAACUCUUUGUGCUCCGGCGAGCCGGUGACCGUAACUAUCACCGACGAAUGCCCGGGUGGGCCGUGUCUGGCGGAGAAGAUUCAUUUUGAUCUAAGUGGGUCAGCGUUUGGGUCUCUUGCAUUGUCGGGUAAAACAGAUCAACUGUUAAAUACUGGCGUGAUUACUGUUGAGUAUGCUCGUGUUAAAUGCAAGUACAACGGCUACACCAUCGCAUUCCACGUGGACAGCAGCUCAAGCGGCUACUACUUCGCCGUUGUGGUGGAGUAUGAAGGGGGCGACGGCGAUCUCUCCGGCGUAGAUCUCCGGCAGGCAGGAGGAGUAGGAGGGUCGCCGGAGUGGCUGUCGAUGCAGCAUUCAUGGGGAGCAAUUUGGAAGAUCAACUCCGAUUCGAAACUGAAACCUCCUUUCUCUCUCCGGCUGACAACGUUGACGUCACACGCCACCAUCGUCGCCGACGAUGUGAUUCCGGUGGGAUGGCGGCCGGGAAUGACUUACAGGUCUGUAGUCACUGGACCUGCUCAUCCAUGA